GCCAUUCAUAAACAAAAGAAGUAAAUACUAAAUUUUCAUCUAAUUCUUGAUCGUAACCAUGGCAUCUCUUAAUCCAUGGGGAAAGCUCGACGAAAUUCAGCAUGAUAGGCUCAUGGCUCGUCGAAAGACAAUGAAGAGAAUCGCCAUUAUUGCCAUAUCCUCCAUUGUUCUUGUGUCCAUCAUUAUUGGUGCUGUGGUUGGUGGUGCUUCUCACAACAAAAACAAGGCUUCCCGAGAUGACAAUGGGUCGUCAAUUGCCUCGAGCAUUAAAGCAGUAUGCAGUUUAACCCUGUAUCCAGACUCUUGUAUCUCCAGCCUUUCACCAUAUGCUGCAAAAGGCAAUAAUCUCAAACCUCAAGACAUCUACAAGAUGUCCGUCCUAGUCGCCCUCAACGAGCUCUCUGGUGCCUCGGACAAGUUCUUCCAGAGUGAGGCAUUCAAGAACAUUAAUGAUCCAGCAGCCGCCAAAGCUCUUGAGAGUUGCCACGAGCUUUUAUCGCUUGCAUUGGAUCACCUGAAUGACACAUUGUCAGUUGCUGAGAACUCGUUAUUCGAUGGCUUUGAUGAUAUAAGAACAUGGUUGAGUUCUGCAGGGACAUAUCAGCAAACCUGCAUUGAUAGUUUUAAAAAUGUCACUUCAAUUGCCUUAAGCAAAGCUGCAGGGCAGAAUUUGAAGAACUCUACCGAGUACACCAGCAACAGCUUAGCACUUGUAACCUCAUUGGAACAAUCCGUUUCAAGUUUAGGCGCCAUUGGGAGGAGGCGUUUGAUGGAAUUUAGUGGCGGCGAUGAGUACCCGAGCUGGUUAUCCUCAAAUGACAGGAAAUUGCUUCAGAAAUCAGCACCAAAGAUAAAGGUGAAUGCAGUGGUGGCUAAAGAUGGUUCAGGGAAGUACAAGAGCAUUAAGGCUGCACUCAAGGCUGCACCAGAGAAGAGCAAGAAGAGAUAUGUGAUCUAUGUGAAACAGGGUAUUUACAAAGAGAAUGUGAGAAUUGAGAAGACUAAAUGGAACAUUAUGAUUAUUGGUGAUGGAAAAGAUGCUACCAUCGUUUCUGGUAACCGUAACUUCAUUGAUGGAACCCCUACAUUCAAAAGUGCCACAUUCGCCGUGUUUGGUAAGGGAUUCAUGGCACGCGAUAUGGGAUUUGUUAACACAGCUGGUGCAGCCAAGCAUCAAGCAGUUGCCUUGAUGUCAACCGCAGAUGAAUCCGUCUUCUACCGCUGCAAAAUGGACGCCUUCCAAGACACGCUUUACUCUCAUUCCAACAGACAAUUCUACAGAGACUGCGAUGUCUAUGGAACAGUGGACUUCAUUUUCGGAAACUCAGCCGUUGUCCUUCAGAACUGCAACAUUUUUCCAAGAAAACCAAUGACUGGCCAACAGAACACCAUCACAGCUCAAGGCAAAGUUGAUCCAAACCAAAACACUGGAAUUUCUAUCCAAAACUGUACCGUUAAGCCCUGGGGCAACCUUACUGGCAUCAACACUUUCUUGGGAAGGCCAUGGAAGAAUUACUCAACAACUGUUUUCAUGCAAUCAAAUUUGGGAGCUUUCAUUCAUCCAACUGGAUGGAUGCCAUGGGUUGGAACCACUGCUCCAAAUACUAUCUUUUAUGCUGAGUAUAAGAAUGUUGGACCUGGGGCUAAUACCAACAACAGGGUCAAUUGGAGAGGCUUGAAAUUGAGACUUACAAGCAAAAUUGUAAGCAAGUUUACAGUUAAGCCUUUCAUUCAGGGAGACAAAUGGCUUCCAGCAGCCGCCGUUCCAUUUAAGGCUGGCCUUUAAUACCUAUGGAGAGUUCAUAAACUGUAUUUGACUCUUCUAUUCUUUUUUUUAUGCUUUCAUUGGAUUUUGUUGUGAAGUAUAUCUUCUGCUGAUUUGCUCUUUUUGUCGGGCUUUUUUUACACAAGAGAUAUUUGUCAAAUUGAUUCAAUUUUAAAUGAGAAUUUACAAAAAUUCCAAAUGGAAUGAUGAGGAAUGAGCUUCUUGA